CAAAAAAUCAAAUACGAUUAUACGAGUACUUAAAGAACGGACGAACAUUUUUGCCUUCGUUUCUGUGAAUUCUGUCUUCUGCUUCUUUUGUCUGGGUUUAUUACAACUUUACCUGCAACGUUAUGAGGUAGUAUAUGUUUUGUGCCUUCUUUUCUGUUUGAAAUUCGCCGCGCAUGGGGAUUGGGAACGAUCUGCUUGAUAUUUGAUGAUAUCAGUUAUGGAAUCUGCCACUUCGGAUGCCAAGUCACUUGAGUGCGUAGCUUAUUUUCUCCGACCAUUAAGUUUCUUUCGAUUUCGAAAAUUGGAUUUCCUCGCUGCCAUAUCCUUGCACAAUGAAUAACGGUGAUCGUGACGAGCCUUCCAGCAGCGCAGCAGCUCGCGGAGGAGGGCGCGCGAGCAAUAUCCCCGUAUCCGUGGAAUGCCCAUCGGAACCGCGGAUCGCGGAAAUCACUUUCGAUGGCCGUGAAAUCAUGCAGUCGCCCGUAUCGAAAGGCGAAAAACUGUACCGAAAUGCCUGCAAAUUAGAUUUUCGUAAAAUUGCCACGAAAGCGGACAGCGGUACGGCAAUGGAGAUCUCCGUGAACGAAGACACAGCGGAAAAGGAAUCGCGACCGCUGCGCAACAAUCCCGACGCCAGCACGGUUGUCUGGGGUUUAGACGGAGUGCGGAAUAAACUGAGGACCGCCUAUACGGAAAUCUCUGUGCUUCACGAUGUGCUCUCGUUGGCCAAAGAACGUAAAUAUCUGCGCUUGGAGCCAUCGCUAAACGAUCCCGUGGAAGCCCGUCCGCAUUUUAGUAUGCACUAUAAAAAAAAGACGCUUCAAGGAGUCGCGGCCAUCUUUUCCAACGCUGCUGAUCGACUGAAGCGUUCAGCUAACGACGCGGCUGUGGUGCAAAAAUCCGAAAAUGAUUAUCACGCUGCUAUUAUUAAGAUGCGGGAACACUGGAGACUGAAGAAGCAGGGACAGACAAUUACGGGAGAUCUCAGCUAUCGAACAGUCGGAUCGUCGGUGAAAGGGAUGGGUCAGUUUGAAGUGCGUAAAAACGAAGAGGACAAUGAUAAAGCAGUCGAUGUCGUCAUUUCCGGUGAUUUGGGUGGUGAAACGGUCAUUCAGGUUGAUUUGGUCACCUCGGAAUUCGGUAAUAAUCAACGCAGUCGAGUGGAGGAAUUGAAGCAGCAGGACUCGUGGGGAAGAAUUCUUACACUGGACACCUACUGGCAUCGGAAGUUGAUGUCUGCGCAAAACACCUUAUUUUGUCGGGAAUUGUUUGCCUUGAUGAGCGCAGAAGGUGUUAGCGGACUGGAUGACAUGAUCGAACCCAUAGUACUCUCUGAUGAAAUCCAUUAUUCGAAUUUUUUUGGUUUCUCCGUGCGGUUGAAAUUGCUCCAUGUUGCCGAGGCCGACACAAAAUUUCGUAGCAUCCCGGUGGUUCGGGAUAUGCAUAAGACCCCUUUAUUGACUGAAUCCAGAAUUCUUGAACAUUCGCUUGCCCAGAUGCUUCUAAACCGCAUGCGCGAUUUCGCUAAUCCUGAUCUACCGGUGCCUGCGUGUGGGCCGGUGGGACUGAAGAUAUUUAGGAGGAAAAUGGCGAUUCAGGCCAAAGAUCGCCGGGUAUGGAAACAAGGACUUGGCAGCCGCACAUUAACAGCAGAAUUGGUAUCUAGAGCAACGGCAUUGAUCCUUCACAGACGGUGCUUAAAAGCAGCAGAAUCCCUUAGCUGUCCGGAUAUUCAGCUUUCGGUGCAUGACUGCUGCUUUACAACAUCGUGGAGAAACAUUACGAUCAAGAUCUCAUUAACGACGCCGGGUUUUGAUAUGUACAACAGAUCAAAUUGUUCCUUCAACGUAUCCAAUGGAAAAGUUACUUUUCUAACGAAAGAUUUCGUGACGCCCGUGAAUUGCGAGGUUGAAUUGGACUGCCGGUUGUUGUACAUGGAGGUUGUACGACAACACGCUGUAGUCCUUCAGUAUCUUUUGAAGAGCAAUCGUUUCGAAGUUGUCCACUAUGCUCCAGUGGCUCUUUACUACAAUGCAGACGAGAAUGUGAAAUCGGAAUCUGUUCGCGCCGGUCUUCGCUAUGCAAUCGUUUUGACAGCAAAAUCAUCUGACAAUCGAUGGUUACUGAAUAUCGUCUGCAGUGUGACCUUUGUGUGCCGCGUAUACCUUGCUGAUUUGUCCGUUAAACAUGUCUGCACUACUGUGAUAAGAGACGGAACAUUUAUGGAAUCGGGACAAGAGUUUUCGGAGAUCAAUCUGAACAAAAUCGUGGGUGGUCCGACCAGGAUUAGGCGUGUCGCUUUGCUUCUGGGUGCCCUUGCGAGUUGGCCCAAAGACCAUGGUUUUCCUAAAACAGUGUCAGCGCUAUCAAGUGCACACACAGAUAUCCCUCGACGGAAGGAUUCAGUUUGGACGAAAUGGAGUGCUGCAUAAACCAAAGGUGGAUCCUUACCGCUGAAUAAAGGCAGUAUAAAUCUCGUUUAAAAUUUGUAGAUUGCUCAGUGUUUUCGUCUUAUUGAACAUUUGCUGGUUGUUUUGAUUUGUUCGCUUAUGUUUGUGUGGUACCAGAUGUUUCAGGGUAGUUUGAAUUGU